GAAAGCAUCCAUUUAUCCAAAAUAUUUGUGUUUCCGUUUUUAUUUUGUUUUAAGGUUUUUUUUACAUUCAAAACCACACAAAAGGAUUUGCCUGGAACAUGAAGAGUAUAGUGGCUCAGACGGAAAGCCAGAUGCGGCCGGUGAAGGUGUCCCGCUUGGUUUCGGUGGUGAAGGGUUCCCUUGGCGAUCCUCUAGGGAACACCAGCGCGGUUUACAAGGUGGUGGCCAAGAUGACGGCUGGCAAGGUGGAGUUCCGGUGGACGCCGCACAUGGCGUCGCUGGCCGGCAGCCCGGAGAAGGAAACUGAUGUGUUGUGGCGGCCGUACGUGAGCUUCAACACACGCCUCACCCGCAAACUGUCCGGCGCCAUGGAGCGACGUGGAUCGAGCAUCAACUUCCUGGCCAAGAAGGGCUCGCAGACGCGCCUGCCAGUAAAGACGCGCUAUGCCCCCAAGACGGUGCAGGGACGGGAGUGGCCCAUUUGGCGCCUGUCCUCGGUGCGCCCGCUCCUUCUGCCCUCGUCCAAUCUGUGGACGGGUGUGCUCAGCCAGCGAUUCUAUGUCCCCAGGCUGCGACCCGCCGAGGAGGAAGAGGUGGAACGCCUGGCGGUGCCCCAACUGAAUAUCACCAGGGAGCAGGCCGAGGAAGAGGAGCAGCAGCUCCAAAGGCGAAGGGAUGGCAGUCGCCUCCGCAAUCAACACUCCCAGAUUCCCAUGCCGACGAGGGAGCUGGCGGAGGACUACCAGGAGCACAGGGAGGAAAAUGUUGGACAUCGACAGCCCUACCUGCCCAGCGAACUGAUGACCCCCGAAAUGGCCAGCAAGUGGCAAACCACCAACAGUACCGCCAGGAGGCACAGGGAGCAGCAGCUUCUGAAUCUCGAGCAGCAGAUGAAGACCCAGCCAACUGUUCGCAUGACAACCCAAACCUGGGUCAGCGGCAAUCACAAAAGACAACGCAGUCGUCAGCCCAGCGCCCAGAGGGUUCAGGUCGUCUCCGAACUGGAGGGCUGGCGGAGAUCGGCCAACCACCAGCCAGUGCCCGUCUUUGGGGGCCAGCCCGCCGAGCAGGAGCACCUGCGUCACGCCAGCUGCAAGACCAGCGCCAGGAGCAUGAAGGAUAUCCAGGAGACCAGCAAAAUGGUCUGGGAGCCAGAGGAGAAGGCACCGUGGGGUCGCACUAUGGAGACUGGAAGCCAGUCGGGACCAAUGCCCACCAUCCGGGCGGCCAAGUCGGCCCUUCUACUGGCCCAUGAGUCGCGGGGCAAGCAUCACAGGCUGAUCACCAAGGAGGUGGUCUACAGACCCCGUGAGCCGGAGCCAGAGGCGGAGCAGGAGGAAGCGGAUCCCGGUCAUCGUCCCACCGGAGGAGGCAGACGGGUGGCGAGACGAUCGCCGGAGCGGGAGUUGCUCAAGCAACAUCUGGCUGACCUGCUGGCCACGGUCCAGAAUUCCGGCUCCUUUCGGAUUGGCUAUCAACCGAAUGCGCCCACCCGGCAGCUCCUCGAGCAGGGCAAGUGCCAUGUGUCGCUGCGCCGAGAUCAGUUGAUGCAUCUGCAGUUCCCGCGUCCCAAUUCGCUGAUCCAAGCGGCCGAUCUGGAGGUCAGGGAAUCACCCCGUCAGGCGAAAGUAACCACGCUGCAUCGCAAGGAUGGCGCCAAACGACCGCGUCCCGUUGAAAUGGUGGUCAAGCCAUCUCUGCUCACUGUUAUCCGGCAAGAGGCCGUCACCUGGGACCACAAUGGCCGGCGGGUCGACAAGAGGUCCAAUUCGAUGGCGGUGCGUCCCAAAAAGGAGGCCUCACUGCGUCACCUGGUUAGGAAUGCCUCCUCCCUGGAGUUCAUCGUCAAAGCCCAACCCAAGCGCACAUGGGAACCCAAGCCGCAAGCGUCUGUUAAUGAGUUCCACAACGUGGUUAUCAAGAAACUGCCGCAGGUUACCAGCAAACUGGACAUCUGCAAGGCGGCACAUCCCUUCAAGGACCUCGAAGAGCCGCGGACCAAGGAGAAGGAGGUGGCCGCCAGCUGGAAGCAGGCGCAUGUGGCCAGGAACUACAAGUACGAGGCGUCCACCUCCUACAGGGGAAACGCAUAUCCCGGCAAGAGAUGCUCCACGAAGGACAUGACCGAGGGCUAUUUCCUGGCCAAGCGCAGCUCGUCGACGGCAGUUAGGGGACCACAGGGAUCCUCCAAGAAGGUCAAGCCACCCAGGCAGCCGGUGGUCAGUCCAAAGGUUCAGGUUCCCAACGUUCAGCGCAAGCAAAAAUCUCAGGAGGAACUCGACGAGGAGGCCUCCAACUAUCCCUUCAUUAAGCCCGCAAAGCUCAGGAGAUAAAUUUCCUCAGCCCAAACAAAAUAUACAUCACCCGUUUUUACAAGCAAAACCCGGACAAUCAAAGGCAAAUCCACAUUCGAAGCGGAAUUCCAAAUUGAGCAGUGAACACAACAAUCAUACACAAUAUAUAUACACACACACCUGGUGAAUCGAUGCUCCUCCCCGGAGGCCCCUUUGGAAUCGGAAGACCCCCCACUUCAGACCUAACUAUCCCCGCUCAAACCAUUCGCACACUUUCAGAAUUGAAAAUUCCAAAAUUUGGAAGGACCACUUGCUUCAAAAUGAUCGCAUUCAUCAAGUUUGGCUCAUUCUUAGUAGUUCUUUUUCAAACUCUUUGUUUGGCUUUGUUUUUUAUAUAGAUACUGUUUUUUUGGAUAAUAAGAGACAGCCGUUUCAAUACCGUUUAAA